UGCUUUAAAAUGGGGCACGCCCGGGUUCUCUAAUCUCUACACUGUGCGCUCCAAACUCCCUCAUCAGUGCCACCGAGCUUACUUGCAAGAACUACUAGCGUUCUAGCCAUGAGAUGGGGGAUCCGGAAGCAGCACGCGGCGCCGGCUGCGCAAUGCGUGCAGGGAGAAGAAGGGGAGAGAGGGAGCAAGCAGGGCAAGGGCGGCAGGGCCUUCUCCUUCUCCCCUCUCUCGUGGCUCGCCAAGGUCACGGGGAAGGACAAGCCUUGUGCGCCUGCGAAGCACGCGCCCGCGUCGUCGUCUGCGAGCAAGAACGGCGCGGCCGCGGGCGGGGCUCCCCCGUUCCCGUCCUGCCUCCCCAAGCGCACCAGCCCGAGCCCGGCGGUGGCCGCGCCGGCCCGGCCCUGCAGCCCGGCGCCCGACGUCGUGCCGCGGAGGCUGUCGGUCGGGAACGACAAUGCCGACGCCGCGGACGCGCGCCGGCAGUGCCAGCACCGCCGCAGGCACUUGUCCCUCGGCGGGGACCGCGAUCUCCCGCCGCUGGGCCGCCUGAUCCCCUUCUCCCCUGCGCGCGCCGCCGCGGCGCCUUCUUGUGACGCGACGGACGCCGCGGGGGCGGGGGCGGCGGCGCGGGCAAGGCGGCGCCGGCGUCGCCGUAGCAGCCGGCGCCUCAGCGUGAGCGGCGGCGGGCGGAGGUCGUCGUCGUCCAUCUCCGGGCGGGUGCUGCCGCCGCGGGUGCGCGUGCGGUCGCCGCGCCGGCGCGCCGCCGCCGGGCUGGCGGAGAGCCUCGCGGUGGUGCGGCGGACGCGGGACCCGCAGCGCGCGUUCCGCGAGUCGAUGGUGGAGAUGAUCGCGAGCACGCGCGGCGGCGCGGAGGAGCUGGAGCGGCUGCUGGCGUGCUACCUGUCCCUGAACGCGGACGAGCACCACGAGUGCAUCGUCAAGGUGUUCCGCCAGGUCUGGUUCGAGUACCUGAGCCUGCAGCCGCGCCCGGACGGACGCCCCCGGCGCUGCUGAUCACCCCGGCGCGGCGCUCCCUCGUUCGUUCGUUGCCAGCGGCAGCAGGGCUCUGAUCGAGUUGCACGCAGGAGCUGGCGAUCGGCCGGCGGCGUGUCGUGGUGUGGCGGGGGUUGGUGCGCCGUGCGUGGCGGGUUGUACGUACGCGCCAAGUUGCGCCGACGGCACGUGCGUGCGGCGCGGCGCGCGUUCCUGUCCCGAUGGAGAUCGAGGCACGGGCGCACGGCCCAGCAGCUAGCGUGGGGUUCGGAGGGAGAUUCGCCGCCGGCCGGAUCGCCUGGCGUGGCGUGGGCUGUCUGUAGAUUCCAAAAAUCUCCAGUUUCUAGAAUUCAAAUGUCUGAAACCGUGCAGUGCCGCUGCCGGGUG